AUGACCCUUCGCAGCUUGAGCCAUCUGUCGCAAGAGCUAGUUGUGACGCGGAAUUCGACCCACGUAACUUUUCAUCAAACACGAAAAACGCCGUUAAAUAUGAGCUCCAGCAGUUCAUCCCCUGUAGAAAUCUCACUCGCACACGCGAUCCGGCCCUUGACGUCAACGGAAGGACACGUUUCCGACAUUUGGGUUCUUCCAGUCGGACCUCGGAACUUUGCCAAGGGAUACACGGACUACCCUUUUGCAUCGACGUCCAACUUUCUGCGUCUGUUUAGGCGCUGUUAUGCAAAGCGAAUAUCAGACCCAGCACGUGGCCGUCACUAUCCUAGGCCAGUGGCAAUUUACUAUGCCGCCUUACUCCACGCGCUCGUAGUGCUCCCAGACGUUGCCAGCAUCAGCACCGCGACACCUCACUUUGUGACAUCUACUAAUGCAUUCAAACGAGAACAAUCCCCGUACUUCACCAGGAUCCUUUCAGCAUGUACUUGGCAGAUGUCUGAUCGUGAACAGACAGAGUCGACUGGAGGUUCAUUCCAGCCUGACUCUGACAGCCACAUCUGGUUUCUUCCCCUGUCAGUGGAUAUUGACGGGGGGGCCGGAUAUCGACAACUAGCGACAUCUGGCUCCGAGAAGCACGCUCGGUAA